AAAUCAAUGAGUUGAGACGGGUUAUUUUAGUAAUAGUUAUGUGCUAGACAAGUACCUACAUCGAUCUAUGGUGCAGUGAAUAAUACCUUACAGUGCUUAUAACAUUACAUAUUUCAUCCAGCAGUAUAAUGUUGAUUUUUUAUUUAUUGUUAAUUUUCUGUGUUUAUUUUACAUCAUUGUAUGCUUUGAAACUGCCAAGUUAUACUUUAGCAUGCAGUAGAAAUGAUCCUAAUUUAAACGACUGUGUAGUGAAACAUGGUCAAGCGGCUAUUCCUUAUUUCAUCAACGGUGACCCAAGAUAUAAAGUUCCUAAAUUGGAUCCAUUAUUUAUUACCGCAUUGACCGUCGAACAGGGCAUUCGACAAAUUGGAAUAUCGUUAACGCUCAAGAAUUCUUCUAUAUAUGGUCUCAGGGAUGCAAUUUUUAAAGAAGCCAGGACCAAUAUACCAGGUCGACACAUUGAAUGGGAUUUUGAAAUUCCAAAAAUAUACAUCGAAGGAAAUUACGAAGUAACUGGUCGAAUUUUAAUUCUUCCCAUCGUUGGAAAUGGAAAAGCGAACGUUACAAUAACUGAUUUGAAGAUUACUUACAAAUACGACUGGGAUUAUAUAACCAAAAAAAAUGGCAGAAAAUACAUGAAUAUAACCACCAGUUCAUUAGGAUAUCAAAAUGGAAGAACGUACUUUCAAUUAGAAAACUUAUUCAAUGGAGAUAAACUAUUAGGUGAAAACAUGUUAACUUUCUUGAACGAAAAUUGGAAAGAAGUAACUACAGAAAUAGGACCAGCGUUAGGAGAAGCAAUUUCAGAAGUUUUCCGAUUAAUUCUAACCAGCAUAGCUGAUUUAGUUCCUUGGGAAUAUAUUUAUCCGGAUAUCUAAAUACGGAAAAUAAUACCACUAUACUUUAUCCUCGUGCCAAAUGAUUUUAUAUUUAAUUUUAUAUAGGCUGUUAUAUUUUAUACAAUAUACCUAAUUAUAAUGUA